AUGGCGACUCCAGUAGUGCUGCUCUUCCGAGUUCUGGAGGAUCUGGGAGAGAAAGAGCUAAAAUCAUUCAAGUGGCACCUGCAGCAACCCGGCAUCCUGAAUGAGCUCCCAGCCAUCCCAAAGAGCCGACUGGAGACGGCAGACAGGCAGGACACGCUGGACGAGAUGGUCAAGACCUACAGCCUGUACACUCUGGAAGUCACCAAGGAGGUUUUGAAGCAGAUAAACAAGAAUGACCUCGUUGAGCAGUUGGCACACUGCCCAAAUCCUGAAGGUAAGUCUGGGGAAGGUUCCAAAAAGAGGUUCAUUCUUGCUGACUGCCAGAGAAAUCUCAAAUUCAACCUGAAGGAGAAGUUUAAGGAUUUGUUUGAAGGAAUCAAGAAAGCAGGAAAGUCGAUACCUUUGAAUCAGAUCUACACAGAGCUGUACAUCACUGAUGGAGAGAGUGGAGAGAUCAAUACUGAACAUGAGGUCAGACAGAUUGAAGCAGCAUCCAGGAAACCAGACACACCAGAAACACCAAUCAGAUGUGAAGACAUCUUUAAACCUUUACCUGGAAGAGAUCAGCCAAGAACAGUAAUGACAAAGGGAGUGGCUGGCAUUGGGAAAACAGUCUUAACACAGAAGUUCACUCUGGACUGGGCUGAACACAAAGCCAACCAGCAUGUCCACUUCACAUUUCCAUUCACUUUCAGAGAGCUGAAUCUGCUGAGAGGGAAAAAGUUCAGCUUGGUGGAACUUCUUCAUCACUUCUUCACUGAGACCAAAGAAGCAGGAAUCAGCAGGUUUGAGCAGUUCCAGGUUGUGUUGAUCUUUGACGGUCUGGAUGAGUGUCGACUUCCUCUGGACUUCAACAACAACCAGAUCCUGACUGAUGUUACAGAGUCCACCUCAGUGGACGUUCUGCUGACAAACCUCAUCAAGGGGAAGCUGCUUCCCUCUGCUCGCCUCUGGAUAACCACACGACCUGCAGCGGCCAAUCAGAUCCCUUCUGAGUGCGUUGGCAUGGUGACAGAGGUGAGAGGCUUCACUGGCCCACAGAAGGAGGAAUACUUCAGGAAGAGAUUCAGAGAUGAGAAGCAGGCCAGAAGAAUCAUCUCCCACAUCAAGGCGUCACGAAGCCUCCACAUCAUGUGCCACAUCCCAGUCUUCUGCUGGAUCACUGCUACAGUUCUGGAGGACGUGUUGAAAUCCAGACAGAGAAGAGACCUGCCCAAGACCCUGACUGAGAUGUACAUCCACUUCCUGGUGGUUCAGUUUAAAGUGCAGAAUGUCAAAUAUCAUGAGAAACAUGAGAGAGAUUCAGUCUGGACUCCAAAGAACAGGGAGAUGAUCCUGUCUCUGGGAAAACUGGCUUUUGAGCAGCUGGAGAAAGGCAACCUGAUCUUCUAUGAAGAAGACCUGGCAGAGUGUGGCAUUGAUAUCAGAGCAGCCUCAGUGUACUCAGGAGUGCUCACAGAGAUCUUUAAAGAGGAGUGUGGGCUGUACCAGGACAAGGUUUUCUGCUUCAUCCAUCUGAGCCUUCAGGAGUUUCUGGCUGCUGUUCAUGUCUUUGUGACAUUCAUCAACUCUGGAGUCAAUCUGCUGUCAGAAGAACAAUCAGCCUCCCAACUAAAACUCCUCCAGAGUGCUGUGGACAAGGCCUUACAGAGUCCAAAUGGACACCUGGACUUGUUCCUGCGCUUCCUCCUGGGUCUUUCACUGCAGACCAAUCAGACUCUCCUACGAGGCCUGAUGACACAGACAGGAAGUAGCUCACAGACCAAUCAGGAAACAGUCAAGUUCAUCAAGGAGAAGAUCAAGGAGAAUGAGUCUCCAGAGAGAAGCAUCAACCUGUUUCACUGUCUGAAUGAGCUGAAUGACCAUUCUCUAGUGGAGGAGAUCCAACAGUACCUGAGAUUAGGACGUCUCUCCAGAGUAAAACUGUCCCCUGCUCAGUGGUCAGCUCUGGUCUUCAUCCUACUGUCAUCAGAAGAAGAUCUGGAGGUGUUUGACCUGAAGAAAUACUCUGCUUCAGAGGAGGCUCUUCUGAGGCUGCUGCCAGUGGUCAAAGCCUCCAAGAAAUCUGUGCUGAGUGGCUGUAAUCUGUCAGAGAGAAGCUGUGCAGCUCUGGCCUCAGUUCUCAGCUCCCAGUCCUCUAGUCUGAGAGAGCUGGACCUGAGUAACAAUGAUCUGCAGGAUUCAGGAGUGAAGCGUCUCUCUGCUGGACUGGAGAGUCCAAACUGCAGACUGGAGGCUCUCAGGCUGUCAGGCUGUCUGCUCACACAGGAAGGCUGUGCUUCUCUGGCCUCAGCUCUGAGCUCCAACCCCUCCCAUCUGAGAGAGCUGGACCUGAGUACCAACGAUCUGCAGGAUUCAGGAGUGAAGCGUCUCUCUGCUGGACUGGAGAGUCCACACUGCAGACUGGAGGCUCUCAGGCUGUCAGGCUGUCUGCUCACACAGGAAGGCUGUGCUUCUCUGGCCUCAGCUCUGAGCUCCAACCCCUCCCAUCUGAGAGAGCUGGACCUGAGCUACAAUCAUCCAGGAGACUCAGGAGUGAAGCUGCUCUCUGCUGGACUGGAGGAUCCAACCUGGAGACUGGAGGCUCUCAGGGUGGACCAUGGUGGAGAGCAGUGGCUGAAACCAGGACUGAGGAAGUAUUCCUGUGAACUCAAACUGGACACAAACACAGCAAACAGACUCCUCGUCCUGUCUGAGGACAACAGGAAGGUGAUGAAGGUGAGAGAGGAGCAGCCAUAUCCUGAUCACCCAGAGAGGUUUGACUCCUGCCCACAGAUCCUGUGUAGUGAUGGUCUGACUGGUCGCUGCUACUGGGAGGUCGAGUGGGAAGGAGUCGUUUCUAUAGGAGUGACUUACAGAGGAAUCAGCAGGAGAGGAGACAGUGACGACAGUGGGCUUGGAUGGAACGAAAACUCCUGGAGUUUGAACUGCUCUGAUUAUUAUGGUCUUUUCUCUGCCUUUCACAACAACAGAGACACACCCAUCCCUGCCUCCUCCUCUCACAGAGUGGCAGUGUAUCUGGACUGGCCUGCUGGCUCUCUGUCCUUCUACAGCGUCUCCUCUGACUCACUGAUCCUCCUCCACACCUUCAGCAGCUCCUUCACUGAACCUCUGUACCCGGGCUUUAGGGUUGGGUUUGGGUUUAUGUCACAUGGCUCCUCAGUGUCUCUGUGUCAGAUCUGAGGAGUGAGA